AAAGAUUGAGCCACGCCCACGACCCAUACCCAAAGCCGAAACUCAGCGUUUAUAAAUCCCCCGAAUUUGCUUUCAUUUCCUCUGCUCUCCUCUUGCCUUCUCCAUCAAGCUAUCUCUCUAACCUGGCCUUCCUCCAUGGAUCCUUACAGGCACCGCCCUUCAAGUGCUUUCAAUUCCCCGUUCUGGACCACCAAUUCCGGUGCUCCAGUUUGGAACAACAACUCUUCUCUGACUGUUGGACCCAGAGGGCCAAUUCUGCUUGAGGACUACCAUCUGGUGGAGAAACUCGCCAAUUUUGAUAGAGAACGGAUCCCAGAGCGUGUUGUCCAUGCUAGGGGAGCCAGUGCAAAAGGUUUCUUUGAGGUCACCCAUGAUAUUUCUCACCUUUCAUGUGCUGACUUCCUUCGAGCCCCUGGAGUUCAGACACCUGUCAUUGUGCGUUUCUCCACUGUUAUCCAUGAGCGUGGCAGCCCUGAAACCCUGAGGGAUCCUCGUGGUUUUGCAGUGAAGUUUUACACCAGAGAGGGUAAUUUUGACUUGGUGGGAAACAAUUUCCCCGUCUUUUUUGUCCGUGAUGGAAUGAAAUUCCCGGACAUGGUCCAUGCUCUCAAACCGAACCCUAAGUCCCACAUCCAAGAGAAUUGGAGGAUCCUUGACUUCUUCUCCCACCAUCCAGAAAGCCUGCACAUGUUCACCUUCCUAUUGGAUGACCUGGGAGUUCCACAAGAUUACAGGCACAUGGAAGGGUCUGGUGUUAACACCUAUACUCUUAUCAAUAAGGCCGGGAAGGCACAUUACGUGAAAUUUCAUUGGAAACCCACUUGUGGAGUCAAGUGUUUGUUGGAGGAUGAGGCUAUUAAGGUUGGAGGAGCUAAUCACAGCCACGCUACCAAGGAUCUCUAUGACUCCAUCGCAGCUGGCAACUACCCGGAAUGGAAACUUUUUAUUCAGACAAUUGAUCCUGAUCAUGAAGACAGAUUUGACUUUGACCCACUUGAUGUUACUAAGACCUGGCCUGAAGAUAUUCUUCCCCUGCAGCCGGUUGGCCGUUUGGUGCUGAAUAAGAACAUUGAUAACUUCUUUGCAGAGAAUGAACAACUUGCUUUCUGCCCUGCCAUUGUUGUCCCUGGUGUCUACUAUUCAGAUGAUAAGUUGCUCCAAACUCGAAUCUUCUCCUAUUCUGAUACUCAGAGGCACCGUCUUGGCCCGAACUAUCUGCAGCUCCCAGUUAAUGCUCCCAAGUGUUCUCAUCACAACAAUCACCAUGAAGGAUUUAUGAAUUUCAUGCACAGAGAUGAGGAGGUUAACUACUUCCCAUCAAGGUAUGAUCCUGCUCGCCAUGCUGAGACCUUCCCAAUUCCUUCUAAUAUUUGCACUGGAAAGCGUGAGAAGUGCGUCAUUGAGAAGGAGAACAACUUCAAGCAACCCGGAGAGAGAUACAGAUCUUGGGCACCCGACAGGCAAGAGCGAUUCCUCCACCGAUGGGUUGAUGCCCUAUCCGACCCUCGUGUCACCUAUGAAAUUCGCAGCAUUUGGAUCUCGUACUGGUCUCAGGCUGACCGAUCCUUCGGUCAAAAACUGGCAUCUCGUCUGAACGUGAGGCCGAGCAUUUGAGGGCGAUGCCAAUGCAAGAUGUUUGAGUUUCGAGAAGACAUAGUGAAAGGAAAAUGUGGGAGGAGAGAAAUCAAAUGUUAAAUUGGUUUAUCCUUGUGUUGUGAUACUAAAUUUCGCAUGUAAAAAAAAAAAAAAAAAAAAAAUUAAAAAAUUAAAAAAUAGAAAAAGAGAUUUGAGAGAAUCAGUGGGGGAUGGGUGGUGAUUCUAAAAUGGUGAUGAAGGCUGAUGCAGCAAAUGGAAUCAGAAAUUCUUAGAGGGAUGAGUAAAAUAAGGAGGGAUGGUUGGUGCCUCGGCACUCACCAUCUCCUCAACAUUUUUAAGAUUAACCAGUUUUUCUUGUCUAUUAUUUGACCAAACCAUGCCAGGAUUUUACUAGAUUGGAAUAACAACGUUGACAUCUUGGAAAAGAUAUAAAGUUUAACUAAUUUACUUGUA